AUGGAUGGUUCGGGCGUCCAAGUAUCGGCAGCGGUGAACAUCACAGCGCAAUUCAAUGAGCUUCUCCAGCACCACAGCGCUCCACCAGUCGUGAACAAGGUCUCGCUGGACGACAUUGACAGCUUCCUCAAAGAGGCAUACCGCAUUAACUCGCACAUUGUUAGCUUGCAUCGACAGCUUCAAGAUGUGCGGCAAGCAUACCUAUCCACUGCGCAGCCUCGCCGAGCGCAAGCGCGAUUCGUCCAGAACCAGCCGCGAGUACUGUCCGACCGAGAACGAGAGGAAAUAGACGCCAACGCCAAGCAGAUGAUACGGGAGCUCAAUGCCAGCAUAAGGUCGCUGGAUGAGGCUGAACAGCUCCGCCGAGAUACGGAAGCGGCCAUCAUCCGCAAAAAGUACACAAAAGGACUUGGCGCUCUCGGCUCAUGGGCAUCUGGUGGCAUUGCCAGCAGCAAGUCGGCGGAACAUGCUGCAGCCGAAGAUCAAGCCCAGCAGCUGGGCGGUUAUCGAGAGGGCGUGGUGUGGUUCCUACGGCAGCGAUUGGAGCUGUGCUGUCGAACGCAGCAAGACAUGAUGGAAACGCGGCUGCGUCGGGAGCUGGAAAAGAGUCGCAGCAUGCUGCCGGUAGGAGACUUUGCAGAGUUUGCCCCGGCAGCACACAAACCACAUCGGCAGACACCGGGUGGCGUCUCUGAGCCAGGAGCCGAAGAGUCAUCGCCCGCUGCGUUUACAGAGGGCUUGACUGAUGAGCAGGUGCAAAUGUUUGAGGAGGGCAAUCAGAGCAUGAUGGAGCAUUACGAGAGCACAUUGGAUAAAGUGAGGACGGCGGAGAGAUCGCUAUUGGAGAUUUCAGAACUCCAGACACUGCUGGUUAACAACUUGUCGGCGCAGUCCGAAAACAUUGAGCUGCUUGUCUCUGAUUCGGCAUCGAUGGCGGAUAAUGUCGGCGGAGGAAACAGACAGCUUAAAAAGGCCACACAACGGCCGAGCACGGCGCGGUACACAUUUUUUGCAGCAAGCAGUCUGUGUGCGUUUCUGAUUCUCUGGGAUCUGAUUAUAUAA